CACGAACAAGGUCAACUUGAUGCUGCUAUCAAGUGAAUACCUUUCACUCUUUCUGUCCCUCUCACAAACAGAAGCGCUCACUGACAGUCACAGAGACAAGUAAGGAGAAAAGAGUUUGUGAGAGAGACCGACCAUGUCGGCACAGAGGAAGGGAGUGGAAGCAAAGCUGCAAAAAUGUGCCUUCUGCAGGACCAACCAGGACAAGGAGUGUGGACAGCUGUUAGUGUCGGACAACCAGAAGGUGGCAGCCCACCAUAAGUGCAUGGUGAGAAGAACCACACAGUCGGUGGUAUAGCACCAACAACUGUAUGCAUUGGCCAUCUCCAGGAUGCUGACCUUCUAGACAGAGUUGCAAAGAAAAAGCCAUAUCUCAGACUGCCCAUCUUAAUCUUUUCUUUUUAUUGGCCAGUCUUAGAUAUGGCUUUUUCUUUGCAACUCUGCCUAGAAGGUCAGCAUCCUGGAGUCGCCUCUUCACUGUUGACAUUGAGACUGGUGUUUUGCGGGUACUAUUUAAUUAAGCUGCCAGUUGAGGACCUGUGAGGCGUCUGUUUCUCAAACUAGACACUCUAAUGUAUUUGUCCUCUUGCUCAGUUGUGCACCGGGGCUUCCCACUCUUUCUAUUCUGGUUAGAGCCAGUUUGAGCUGUUCUGUGAAGGGAGUAGUACACAGCGUUGUACGAGAUCUUCAGUUUCUAGGCAAUUUCUCGCAUGGAAUAGCCUUCAUUUCUCCGAACAAGAAUAGACUGACGAGUUUCAGAAGAAAGUUAUUUGUUUCUGGCCAUUUUGAACCUGUAAUCGAACCCACAAUUGCUGAUGCUCCAGAUACUCAACUAGUCUCAAGAAGGCAAGUUUUAUUGCUUAUUUAAUCAGCACAAAAUUUUUCAGUUGUGCUAACAUAAUUCCAAAAGGGUUUUCUAAUGAUCAAUUAGCCUUUUAAAAUGAUAAACUUGGAUUAGCAAACACAACGUGCCAUUGGAACACAGGACUGAUGGUUGCUAAUAAUGGGCCUCUGUGCGCCUAUGUAGAUAUUCCAUUAAAAAUCAGCCGUUUCCAGCUACAAUAGCCAUUUACAACAUUAACAAUGUCUACACUGUAUUUCUGAUCAAUUUGAUGUUAUUUUAAUGGACAUAGAAAUGUCCUUGUUUUUGAAAGAAAAGCCAUUUUUAAGUGACCCAAACUUUUGAACGGUAGUGUAUAUUUAAGUGUCACUCCACAAUAUGACAAUACAAAAUACAGAUUUAAAACCCAUUUUGUGGGCCACUCAAUAUUAGGAAGGUGUUCCUAAUGUUUGGUAUGCUCAAUAUAUGUUCCCAUAUUGUAGCUUAUUAUUACGAUUUAGCACUUUGAGUGUCAGGAGCAUGGUUAUUGCUUGUGUUGUCCAUGUAUUCUGUUGAAUGAUUGUCAUUGCUCUGUGCAGCUUUUCUCCUCCGCCCUGGUUACAUCUCACUCAGACAGCGACGAGAACAUCGGGGGAUUUUCUGUCGAGGACGUGAGAAAGGAGAUCAAGAGAGGGAAUAAACUUGUGAGUGUCCAUGGCAAGAUAUCUCCACGUGUCCUUACGUUUGGAGUGUGUCCCAAAUGGCACCCUAUUAGUGCACACUAAGUCUUACAGGGCUCUGGUCAAAAGUAGUGCACCAUAUAGGGAGUAGUGUGCCAUUUGGGACGCAUUCCAUAGUGAGUUGCCAGGUUCAGCUUGUGAGAUGGGUGCUGUAGCAGUUAUGUUUCUGAACAUGGCAGUUGCUCUCUUUUCCUCCCCUUCAGAUGUGUUCGUCCUGCCACCGGCCUGGUGCCACUAUUGGCUGUGAUGUGAAGACAUGCCGGCGGACGUAUCACUACUACUGUGCAAUAUGGGAUAAGGCCCAGGUCAAAGAGAAUCCCUCACAGGGGAUCUACCUGUAAGUGCCCUGUGUAAAUAACCGUAUUACAACAACAUGUAGCUGGAAAUUUCUGUUAAAAACAAUCCUAAUAUUUCUGUAUUUGUUUGUCUCUGGAUGUAGUGUGUAUUGUCGCAAACACCGGGAUGCCUCUCAGGAUGCCAGUGGAGGUAUCUAACUUAUCUUUUACGUGAUAUUCAGCACACAAGGGAUGGCUUUUCUUUUGACACUUUUAAAGUAGACCACAAGAGGAUAACUCAAUACUGUUGUUGAAGGUGAAUGGCCAGCGUAUUGACGUAUCCAAUUUAUAUUUUUCAGAUGAUCAGGAACAGGGAGGUGUGGCCAAUGACUCAGACUCCUCUCCUCAGCGGAGUAGGGGCCGUGGGAGAUUAGAGAAAGGGCGAAUCAAAGCUGGUUUCCAUGGCCAAUCGGAGGACACCCGCUCAACCUCCUCUCAAGGCGUAGAUGAUGAGAGCUCCUCGCAUGUAAAGACCCCCCCCACACACACACACACUGUAGUUCCUUUGGGCAUGCCCAUUAUUAGGACUACGUGGUGACUAUUAUCAAGCUCCUGUAAAAAACAUUUGCCCUGUACAUGGAUCCUGAGGUGUGUGUGUCUGUGUGUUUCAGAGAGACAGGUCCCCUCUGAGGGGCUCUGGGGACGGUGGCCUUCGCUGUGGCUUCUGCCACACCGGAGAGGAGGAGAACGAGUUGCGGGGCGUGCUUCAUGCAGAUAACGGAAAAAAGAUCGCUGCACAUUACAAGUGCAUGGUAAGUCUUAUCGCGUAUAAGUCUGUACUAAGCCGUAACGAUCAAUGUUCAUCAAAUAACUAAUUUUGUGCUGAAGAUGGUCUUUAUACUAUUGCUUGUCCAAGCAUUACUUUGUGCAAGAUGUAUGUUUUGGAAAAGCACAAUCAGUUAUAUAGGUCUUGUCUGCUGUACUCAUAAUUUCCCCUGUCUGUCACCUGACCUUGUUGUCUCUCCUCCUUGGCAGCUGUUCUCAUCAGGAACCGUUCAACUCACUACCUCCUCACGGGCUGAAUUUGGGAACUUUGACAUCAAAACGGUCAUCCAGGAAAUCAAGAGGGGGAAGAGAAUGGUGAGAACCUUGGAGAUAGUACAGUAAUGUGAAGACAAAAGGGUGGCUAAGUGGGACAUGUAUCUAGCUCUAUCAACUAAUUAGAUGUUAUUUUCAGAGAAUGUAAAGAAUUUCUACUGAAUAUGGGAGAAGUUCCUUGAAAGUCACCAAUGCCAUGUCAGAGACCUGCUCUUGUAUUUCCAGUCAGAUUGAUGUACCUUACUUAGUUGAACGCACUGACAGUAUGUCGCUUUGGAUAAGAGCAUCUGCUAAAUGACAAAUGUACAAGUAUACUGAACAAAAAUAUAAAAGCAACAUGCAACAAUUUCAACGAUUUUACUGAGUUACAGUUCAUAUUAGGAAAUCAGUCAAUCUAAAUAAAUGAGUUAGGCCCUAAUCUAUGGAUUUCACAUGAAUGGGAAUACAGAUAUGCAUCUGUUGGUCACAGAUACCUUAAAAUAAAUGGGCCUCACAAUGGGCCUCAGGAACUCGUCACUGUAUUUCUGUGCAUUCAAAUUGCCAUCGAUAAAAUGCAAUUGUGUUCUCGUUGUCCUUAGCUUAUGCCUUCCCAUACCAUAACCCCACCGUCAUCAUGGGGCACUCUGUUCACAAAUUUAACAUCAGCAAUCCGCUCGCCCAUUGACGCCAUACACAUGGUCUGCGGUUGUGAGGCCGGUUGGACAUACUGCCAAAUUCUCUAAAAGGACGUAUUACCACCACACCGGCUCAUUACAUUCUCUGGCAACAGCUCUGGUGGACAAUCCUGCAGCCAUCAUGCCAAUUGCCGGCUCCCUCAAAACUAGAGACAUUUGUGGCAUUGUGUUGUGUGACAAAACUGCACAUUUUAGAGUGGCUUUCUAUUGUCCCCAGCACAAGUUGCAUCUGUGUAAUGAUCAUGAUGUUUAAUCAGCUUCUUGAUAUGCCACACCUGUCAGGUGGAUGGAUUAUCUUGGAAAGGUAAAAAUGCUCACUAGCAGGGAUGUAAACAAAUUUGUGCAAAGAAUUUGAGAGAAAUACGUUUUUUGUGUGUGUGGAAAAUUUCUGAGAUCUUUUAUUUCAGCUCAUGAAACAUGGAACCAACACUUUACAUGUUGCGGUUAUAUUUUUGUUCAGUGUAUAUUUUAUGGUCUCUUUCAGAAAUGUACACUGUGUGCCCAGUUGGGAGCCACCAUUGGCUGUGAGAUCAAAGCCUGUGUGAAGACUUACCAUUAUCACUGCGGCCUGCAGGACAAGGCCAGAGAACAUGGCUCGUGGCAUCUACAAGUGAGAUCCCCUCUGCUUUGUCAUUUUCAGGUGUCAAGUCAACACAUGGAUCGUUUUUUUUUUCUGGUUCAUAAAAGAAACACUUAGUUUACUGUUGGUAUUUAAUUACAUUGCAACAACUACUUAAAGUAUAAUUUCUUUGCUCCUGAAAGAACUCAAUUAUCACAAUCAAUAUUUCUUUCAGUUAGCAAACACUGUAGGCCUACACAUAAAAUAGUCACUCAGGGAGCAGAUCCCUAGGUAACACUAUUUGGAUAGUCCAGCUGUAGAUGCUCUACAGACUAUCAGUAACAUUUCAACUAACUAUCUACUAACCGUAGCGCUAAUCCUAACCUUACACCUUAUCCUCACCCUAAACUUACCCUUAUUCUAAACCUAACCAUAACCUUAGCAAGCAGUUGUUUAUUAUUAGCAUCUACUGAUGGAAAAUCCGGACUAUCCAAAUAAGUGUGACCGAUCCCUAAUAUGUUGUCAUUGCAUCACUCCAAAGUUAUGUGAGAAAAGUAGCUUUGCAACCUGGGAACUGCACCCCCUUGAGCUUCAAAUGUGGUUUGCAACACAAUUACAUGUACAUUUUAGUCAUUUAGCAGACGCUCUUAUCCAGAGCGACUUACAGGAGCAAUUAGGGUUAAGUGCCUUGCUCAAGGGCACAUUGACAGAUUUUUCACCUAGUCGGCUUGGGGAUUAGAACCAGCGACCUUUCGGUUACUGGCACAACACUCUUAACCACUAAACUACCUGCUGCCCCUUCCUUGAAGGCUGAGAAAGAAUGUAAACAGAUAAUACAAGUGGCAGUUCAACAAUCCUUUACCUGCUGUACAAGCCCUAUCUGUAAUGAUAUGUAUCUAGGGCUGUUGCGGUGACCGUAUUACCACCACACCGGCGGUCACGAGUCAUGAAGACAGUUUAGUUUAGUCACGGUAAUUAGACUUCUCCAAGCUCUGAUGCUGCUGAUGGUCAUUAGUAGCCUACCAAACUUGCUAACUGCCUGGUACUCAGCACUCUAUUGUCCCUCUAAUCACUCUGACAUCAAUGCAAAUGUAUUCGAAAAUCUUAACAAACACUUAACGAGAGCCCAUGAUUUCAUGUUGCGCAACAUUUCCAUAGGCUAUGCAAUUGCGUGAGAAAACAGAGUGAUGACCUCUACUAAAAAUAGGAGGAUCAGCCUUCUAUAGGCUAGGCCUACUAUAUUUAUUUCUCAACUUUCCUAAUAUUAAGCACAUUGCUGAUAUUUACAACAGGAGUAUAGCCUACCUGGCUGACAUGAAAAUAAACUAGGGGGAAAAGCGUCCUCCAUUCGCUAUUUAAGUGCAUAGAUGACAUGUAUUUUUCCCCCAUUGACCCUGUUUCAAUACAGGUGCAUGAUAAUGGUCCAUUCUAAAUCAAAACAAAUUUCACACAUAUAUUAUUUAGUAUAUGUAAAGACAAUAUUAAAUCAAGCAUUGUCUGAUGGGUGACAAUAUUAGCCUAUCACUUGUGAAUUAUAUAUGAUCACUUGUGAAUGAUGCCCAGCAUAAGAAACAAAGCCUUUUUUAUGCGCCUUUAUUUAAUCAUAGUCACACACCUCAUGUAGCCUAGCACAUAGGCCUACAUGUUUUAAUAAGGUUUGUAUGACAACUCAAGUGACCAAACAACUACUUAAAAUUAAGCACAUUAUUUUGCUUUACAAGGGGUGUAGGGCCUAACUGGCAUACAUAAGCAGCGCGUGAGUUUCAAGUUUGGGGAAGAUCAUUUUCACCAUAAAAAUGCACCUUUGUAAUAAAAGCAUUACAUGCAUAAUUGCAUUUUACUCAAAGCCAGUGGCAUGUCGUUAGUAAAGAUUGAAAAAAGUAAGGGGCCUAGAUAGCUGCCCUGGAGAAUUCCUGAUUUGAACUGGAUUUUGUUGGAGAGGCUUCCAUUAAAGAACACCCUCUGUGUUCUGUUAGACAGGUAGCUCUUUAUCCACAAUAUGGCAGGGGGUGUAAAGCCAUAACACAUAAGUUUUUCCAGCAACAGACUAUGAUCGAUAAUGUCAAAAGCCUCACUGAAGUCUAACAAAACAGCCCCCACAAUCUUUUUGUCAUCAAUUUCUCUCAGCCAAUCAUCAGUCAUUUGUGUAAGUGCUUGUUGAAUGUCCUUCCCUAUAAGCGUGCUGGAAGUCUGUUGUCAAUUUCUUUACUGUAAAAUAGCAUUGUAUCUGGUCAAACACAAUUUUUUCCAAAAGUUUACUAAGGGUUGGUAACAGGCUGAUUGGUCAGCUAUUUGAGCCAGUUAAGGGGGCUUUACUAUUCUUAGGUAGGGGAAUAACUUUUGCUUCCCUCCAGGCCUGAGGCACACACUUUCUACUAGGCUUAAAUUGAAGAUCUGGCAAAUAGGAGUGGCAAUAUUGUCCGCUAUUAUCUUCAGUAAUUUUCCAUCCAAGUUGUGCGCAUUGCUGCGCUUAUAAUGUGAAGAAAUAGCCUAAUAGUUUAUCAACAUUUUAAGCUAAACGUUCUGAUCUGUUGCGUCAGCCACAUUGCAUUGAUGCUAGUGGUUGUAUUAAUUUGGGAUCUAUCGCAUCCCACAACUGUCCCAGACUGUUUGGAAUAUUAAUUUCUAGCACAGAAUAGAAUAGGUUGACCUUUGUACUAUGGGGGAUAGUAGAUUGACAUAGGCUAGUGCUUUUGCUGUUUGUUAGGCCUAUUCAUCUUGUUGGCUGACGAAAAGUAAAUGUGGACAAUUCUUCCAUUAUCUUCAAUAUGCACCUCGGAAUUGGAUAAGGACACGCUCAGUUGUGUCUGUCUUCACUUGUAGCCUGUGAGAAAGACCUGAUCACGUGAUGGAGUUCGCAGCACUCAGGGAGGCGCGCACAACGGGCACUUUUGUAGGGAGCAUUAUGGCCACACAAAGCGGAUGCCGGCGUCAAAUUCUAGGCAUUAUCAAGUGCUUGUCAAAUUGUGAAUGAGUGACUGAUGUAGUGUGUACAGCCUGCACAAAAAACAAAGCAGAGCUCUUGCCUUUGAAGCAACUUUUUUCAAAUUAUCAUUAGUCGCAUCAUGCAACCUUACAAUGUAUUAAAAAUCAAAACAUAUAGCCCAACAUUUGUAGAACAACUAAAGUUAUAUUAAUAACUCUAAAUUAAGCAUAUAGGAAUACCUUUUUCUUUGUUAACCGCUCAACACAGAAUAGCCGCAUGUGCGCACUCCCUCAAAUCGUUCGGAGAAAAUAUUAUUUAUAUUUUAUUCAGCUUUGUUCAAUUGUAUUCUUCAUACUAUAAAAGAAUGCAACGGAAUUCUAAGCAAAUCUUGUCUGCUAAAUGAACUAGUGCAGCCCACAGCCAUUUGGCAUAGCCAAAUCAGGACCUAACAUAAGGACAACUCAGAGUAUGCUAUUCUGUUCUUCUGAAAUAGACUACAUUUUCUUCAUAUCAUGCUUCUUUAGACCUGUCUAAAAUAAAUAAUGGAUUUAUUGUGAAGGUGUAGGCUAUAUUACAUGGAUUUAUUAGACAUUUUAAAAUGUAGAUGUUCCAAAGGUCUGCAUCAGUGGCUUGUGGCUGUGUGUGGAAGCCAGGAGAUGCUAAAUGUGUUUAUGUUAAUUAACAGUAAAUUACCGUGAGACCAACAGUUAUUUGCUUGACAAUCACCGGCUGACGAAAUUUCAUGACCGCCACAGCCCUAUAUGUAACUGUCGGAAAGAUAUGUAAUAAGUUGACAUUACACUAUUCUGUCUCUGCUCCAGGCUGUACUGUAAGAAUCACAGUGGGAAUGAGGAGCGGGAUGAGGAGGACGAGGAGAGGGAGAGUUGCAGUAGAGAGAGGGCGGCCAUUGACCAUAGGGGAACUCUGCCUCCGCCACAAGUCAAUGGCAACUAGGUAUGGCACUGUCACACCUGCCUGGAUCAAAUGGUGAUAAAGAAAAGUACCAGUAGACCAGCUGCUAUGAUGGUAGACAAAUUAAGUAUUUGGUAUUCGGAUGAUGUCAGUGUUCUUCCUUCACAGGUGAUGGUUAAGGAUUGCAAAAGGAUAAGAAGAGAGGGGAUAUCCAAGAUGGAGCAAAGCUAUUUUUCUAUUGAGUUCUACUCCCUAAGUAAGGGGCUAUUGCAAGCCCCUUCAUUCACCCUUUCAGUUUCAAACAACGGACACACACAGCCCUGCAGGUCAUCAGCCAGAUGUGAACAUGUCAGCCCUUGGCUUCUUCACAAACCACUUUCAUAUUGUCAGGUUUAAUGGAUGAGAAAUGGCACAGACUGACUGGAGUACUCUGCUGAGAGCAAAACACUGCUGCAGUGCUGGGUGAAAGACAAAGCAUUGGAACCGUGGUCAGUGCUACUCAGUUGUGGUCUCCCUCUAAUGCAUGUUGUAUUGCUCUUAAAGAAGACAUGACUGGACAAAGUUAUCGACAUUCACUGUAUCUGGCUUCCCAUGUGCCCCUAAGUGUUCUAGUCCUAUACAAACAAUAUUAUUCUUCCUCUAGCUCUUCUUCAGGACUCUCUUCAAGGAUGCUGCCUUCUACUCAUUUAA